GCGGCGUUCUUCCGGAGGGCGUCGCCGAGGCAGGGCGUGGGCGUCCCCGUGCCGGGCCAGGGGCGGAGCUGCGCGAUGGCGUCCGGAGCGGCUCGCUGGCUGGCAUUGGCACCUGUCCGGUCCGGGCUUUUCCGGCGCGGGCAGAAGCUGCAGAACGUCGGAGAUGUCUCCGCCGGAGCGGGCGGCUCGGGUCGGAGCCUGGUACCGUCGAGGUCAGUCAUCGUUACUCGCAGCGGCGCCAUUUUGCCCAAACCGGUGAAAAUGUCCUUCGGCCUGCUCCGCGUCUUCUCCAUCGUGAUCCCCUUUCUCUAUGUCGGGACGCUCAUUAGCAAGAACUUUGCUGCUCUGCUUGAGGAACAUGACAUUUUUGUCCCAGAGGAUGACGAUGACGAUGAUUAACAGGGCAUGGAAGAGGUACAGGAAGACAGAAGCCCUCAGUUCCUGAAGAAAUGCUGAUGCUCACAGCCUCUCCUUCAAAUCAGUGACGCCUCAUGCAUGGUCUGUGACCACACCCCAGAUCCAUAGGGCCUGUGAGGUUCCCUGAGCUGUGCUGUCCUCUGAACGCCAUCAGAUUAUAAAUAAACAUAAUAAAUAUCA